CACACAGUCAAGUCUUGCCUCGUGUUGUCUUGUCAAAUGGUUUGGCCACAACACACGUGCCAUGCCGUGUGCCACAGUGUCUCUUACUCCCAUCCACCUCUUUGUCUUGUCCCCACAUCCCGGUGCUCACGCCGGCCACUUCAAGGCUUAACUCCCUCCCUCCCGCACUGAGCCUUGCAGGCCACGUCUCUCCUGCCCUGCUCCUCACUCGGGAAAUUUCUUUGCAGGCUGCUGGCGAGAGGAACUGUCAUCCCAAGCCCUCCACCAUGGCCGCCGCUCCGAAAGUUUGCGUCCGUCGCAUUAAGCUUAUCUGUCUCAUGGAGAACGCAGGCAAGGACGUCUUGACCUUCGUGUUGAAGCGCGGCGCGCUGAACGCCCCCGCCACGCCGUCGGGCAAGUCCCUCACUGACUAUCUUGACAACCUCCCUCAAGGCUCGACAGCCAACUAUGGGAGAAUGAGUAACAAACAAAAAAAAGCAGCAGUGAACCACACCGAUCGCCGCCAAGCACAACGCUUCCCUUUAUGGGACAAUUUUGAUGUGACUUUGCUCUGCAAAGCAAUAAAGCUGACGUGCGAAGGCCUGGCGAGAGAUGGCGAUCCCGAAUGGCGGAACCAGAACACCCUGGAGGGAUUGGUAACGAAAAUCAAGGAUGAGAGGAAUGAACUCUUUCAUGAAGUGAAAUCUUUCAGCGAGGCAGAGUACCAGCACAAAGUCAACGAGUUAGAACACCUCUUUAUCCGAGUCCUCGCCGCAGCCAAGACCAAAUACUGCAUUCCUGACGCAGAGGUGACACCCGUGCAGGACAACGCCCGGCAGGUCACUGAUACCUUCAGAAAAACAGGAAUGGAGAAAGAAAUUUUAAAAGAUUAUUUCAGUAUCAUGCACCAAGAAUUUCUGAAAGACAGUCAGACCCACCUCAAAACAUUCUAUGAUCGAGUGCAAACCUUUGAUCCUCUGUCCUUCCUUACCGACUCACCAAAACACCACCAUCACAUCCAGGACAUUUUCUGCAAGAUGUCCCUCGUGGAAGGAAGAGGACACCUCCAACAGAGGCGAGACAUCGACACUUGCGACGUGCUGACGGUGACGCGCCGCGCGGGACAGAAUCCACAGCCGUCCACAUCCUCAUCGGCCACGCCGCCCACGCACGGCGCCAAGCCACAGCUCAUCCUGAUCAGGGGCGUGGCAGGAAGCGGCAAAACGACCCUGCUCACCUUCCUUGUCUCAGAGUGGCUUCAGGAGCCCGGCGCCUGCACCAUCAAACACCUGGACGAGUACGACAUCGUGGUGCGUGUCUUGUGCCGCGAUGAUGAAGGCCCAUCUCUCCAGAACUUCCUCAAAGUGAUCCUCCCAAACCAUUUUGCUGUGAUGGACGAACACCUCAUCCCCCUCCUACAACAAAGCAAAGUUCUCUUCCUGAUUGACGGCCUGGACGAACUGUCGCCAGGCACUCCAUCACACAGCCUUGUGAAGGACAUCAUCAAUAUCUCGAAAUACUCGCCAGGCUUCACACUCGUCUGCACAUCGCGGCCAGAAACCAUACAAGACUUCUUGGCCAAAUUACCUGAUGGUUAUGAGGUGUGGGACAUGGAGAUGAAAAGUGUUAGCCAUGAACAAAGAAUUCAUUUUAUCAUGAAGCAUUACAACAGCUUCCCAGACAAGGGGGACAAAGACCCUGAGAGGCUUGAGUACCUCAUGAAACACAUUGGCUGGAAGGAUUACCUGGGCCUGCCAUUAAAUUUAUUGUUCGUGGCAACACUUUUCUACAUCGAUCAAGACAAGAUCAAAAUCACCACCACCCAGACCAGCCUGUACGUCACCAUAAGAGAUUGGUGCAUAGAAAAACUGCAGGCCAGACUCACAGAUCAUCCACGAGACACAAAGACCCGCGAGGUCCUCAUCUCUAUGGUUCUACAAGAUAUAUACGACAUGUCAUUGCAAGGUCUUCUACAAGACCGACUCACUCUGUCAAAACAGGAAGAGCAGAAGCUGAUUUGUUGCUGCCUUGGAAAAGGAUUACCCAGCAAGGAAGUCAUCCCAGCGUUUUUCAAUCUUCAAGACACCAGUGACAGGCUGGGGCAUCAUCAGAAGUACGCAGCCCCACACAAGAGCCUACAGGAAUUCUACGGUGCAUCAGCAAUCGUCCACAAGCUGGUGGAGGACUCACACUCAGCAAACAUACGACGCAUGCUUCACGACCCGCCGCGCCAACAGCUCCGGAACUUGAGGAACCUGCUCCAGUACGUGGCAUGUCUCUUCUGCCACCCACAAACACCACGUCGAGUUUCAGACAUACGACGCAUGCUUCACGACCCGCCGCCAGAACAGCUCCGGAACUUAAGGAACCUGCUGCUGCACGUGGCAGGUCUCCUCUGCCAUCCUAACACACCACUUUGUGCUGCAGCCAUACAUGAGGUGGUGGACCUGCUGGCGGAGACUGGUGUGGAAGACUGUGGUGAUUGGCUGUCCAUGCUGGAGGACACUGAAGUGAACAGGACUGCCUUGGAUUGUGUUGUCAGACACAUUACAAGUGAUGAGAGUGAGGAGAUAACAAUAACAGACAGCACCAUCACCAGUGCCAGGGCCCUCCUCCCCCUCAUUCCCUCCAAGGAGGUACAGAUAGAGCUAAGCAGGAAGGAAUCAGACGUGCAGGGGCUCAUCUUUGAACACCACAAAUACACUGAGCUGUCCCUGCACCACCAAUACAGGCAUCCAGACCAAGCCACUCUCUGUGACUCCUUGUUGCGUGCCAUGCCCAGGAGUCACCUUCACUGGUUCACGGGUCACCUAAGUGGUGCCGGCACACAGCUGCUGCAGGAGUGCCGGGGCCUGGUGGGGCUCCGCCUGGCCGUGUGUGACCAAGACGCCCAAGAGGUUCUGGCCGCCAUCAGCGCCGUCCACGCGUCGCUGCCUCAGCUACGCGCCAUCUACCUACACGUCCCCGUGGGUGCCGUGAGGACACAGGCGUGCACCACACGGCUGCCUGGCGGCCCAGUGGUGACCCUCGUGUUGUCUGGCGUGGACGAGAGGCUGCUGGAGGAGGCGGCCCAGAUAGCACAGCUCCUGCAGCCCACACAGCGCCCAUACUGGAGCAUCAGCUUCCCCGGCAGCAGCAUGAAGGCAGAUGUGUGGCAGCGCUGCCUUCACAAGCUGGCCAAUGCCGGCGUCACGGUGGAUGGUGGUGUUGGUGGUGGUAUUGUAGCACCGCGCACCAGCCCCAUCACGGAGGAGGAGCACAGGGAGCUGCACACCCUUGCCAGCACCACGAUGUUAGGUGCCUUCACCAGCUGGCCUGAAGAGAACCUGUGGCGGUAGUUCGUGUAAUCCCCGUGACGGCCAGACUCAUCGGUGCUGGAAGUGCAUCCACUCACGAGGCAAACACCUGGGCUGCAUUUAUCCUACUGCAUUGUGUGUGUACAAGUCUACAGUGUGGCGCUCUCUCUCUCUCUCUCUGAUGAUUCAAAUUAUAUUCUUAAGUUUGUUAGAAUUCUUAACUCUUAAUGUAGUUUCUCUCUCUCUCUCUCUCUCUCUCUCUCUCUCUCUCUCUCUCUCUCUCUCUCUCUCUCUCUCUCUCUCUCUCAUGAUUCAAAUUAUACUCUUAAGUUUGUUAGAAUUCUUAAGUCUUGAUUCUCUCUCUCUCUCUCUCUCUCUCUCUCUCUCUCUGAUGAUUCAAAUUAUAUUCUUAAGUUUGUUAGAAUUCUUAAGUCUUGAUUCUCUCUCUCUCUCUCUCUCUCUCUCUCUCUCUCUCUCUCUCUCUCUCUCUCUCUCUCUCUCUCUGAUGAUUCAAAUUAUAUUCUUAAGUUUGUUAGAAUUCUUAAGUCUUGAUGUCUCUCUCUCUCUCUCUCUCUCUCUCUCUCUCUCUCUCUCUCUCUCUCUCUCUCUCUCUCUCUCUCUCUCUCUCUCUAAUGAUUCAAAUUAUAUUCUUAAGUUUGUUAGAAUUCUUAAGUCUUGAUUCUCUCUCUCUCUCUCUCUCUCUCUCUCUCUCUCUCUCUCUCUCUCUCUCUCUCUCUCUGAUGAUUCAAAUUAUAUUCUUAAGUUUGUUAGAAUUCUUAAGUCUUGAUUCUCUCUCUCUCUCUCUCUCUCUCUCUCUCUCUCUCUCUCUCUCUGAUGAUUCAAAUUAUAUUCUUAAGUUUGUUAGAAUUCUUAAGUCUCUCUCUCUCUCUCUCUCUCUCUCUCUCUCUCUCUCUCUCUCUCUCUCUCUCUCUCUCUCUCUCUCUCUCUCUCUCUCUCUCUAAUGAUUCAAAUUAUAUUCUUAAGUUUGUUAGAAUUCUUAAGUCUUGAUUCUCUCUCUCUCUCUCUCUCUCUCUCUCUCUCUCUCUCUCUCUCUCUCUCUCUCUCUCUGAUGAUUCAAAUUAUAUUCUUAAGUUUGUUAGAAUUCUUAAGUUUUGACUCUCUCUCUCUCUCUCUCUCUCUCUCUCUCUCUCUCUCUCUCUCUCUCUCUCUCUCUCUCUCUCUCUCUCUCAUGAUUCAAAUUAUAUCCUUAAGUUUGUUAGAAUUCUUAAGUCUUGAUGUAGUUUCUCUCUCUCUCUCUCUCUCUCUCUCUCUCUCUCUCUCUCUCUCUCUCUCUCUCUCUCUCUCUCUCUCUCUCUUUCAUGAUUCAAAUUAUAUUCUUAAGUUUGUUAGAAUUCUUAAGUCUUGAUGUAAUUUCUCUCUCUCUCUCUCUCUCUCUCUCUCUCUCUCUCUCUCUCUCUCUCUCUCUCUCUCUCUGAUGAUUCAAAUUAUAUUCUUAAGUUUGUUAGAAUUCUUAAGUCUCUCUCUCUCUCUCUCUCUCUCUCUCUCUCUCUCUCUCUCUCUCUCUCUCUCUCUCUCUCUCUCUCUCUCUCUGAUGAUUCAAAUUAUAUUCUUAAGUUUGUUAGAAUUCUUAAGUCUCUCUCUCUCUCUCUCUCUCUCUCUCUCUCUCUCUCUCUCUCUCUCUCUCUCUCUCUCUCUCUCUCUCUCUCUCUCUCUGAUGAUUCAAAUUAUAGUCAUAAGUUUGUUAGAAUUCUUAAGUCUUGAUUCUCUCUCUCUCUCUCUCUCUCUCUCUCUCUCUCUCUCUCUCUCUCUCUCUCUCUCUCUCUCUCUCUCUCUCUCUCUCUCUCUCUCUCUCUCUCUCUGAUGAUUCAAAUUAUAUUCUUAAGUUUGUUAGAAUUCUUAAGUCUUGAUGUCUCUCUCUCUCUCUCUCUCUCUCUCUCUCUCUCUCUCUCUCUCUCUCUCUCUCUCUCUCUCUAAUGAUUCAAAUUAUAUUCUUAAGUUUGUUAGAAUUCUUAAGUCUUGAUUCUCUCUCUCUCUCUCUCUCUCUCUCUCUCUCUCUCUCUCUCUGAUGAUUCAAAUUAUAUUCUUAAGUUUGUUAGAAUUCUUAAGUCUUGAUUCUCUCUCUCUCUCUCUCUCUCUCUCUCUCUCUCUCUCUCUCUCUCUCUCUCUCUCUCUCUCUCU